AUGGCGGCGUACACAUGCUGGCAAGAUGUGCUUGACGACAUCACGAACCGGUCAAGAAAAAACAAAUCCUUAUUGCGAUUUUCCAAGCUGAAAACACAUGAGGAUAAAGUGGAGUUUUGCCUUCGAGAUGACAUGAUAAGGUUCAAAGUCCAGCAAUGGGUGAACAUCAUGUGUUCUUCCCGUCACAAAAAGUACUGGGAGAAAGCUUCCGAACUGCGAGCAGAAGGCAAUUUAUGUUUUCAAGAGAGAGAUUACGCUAAAGCUGUUGAAUUUUAUACACAGAGUAUCUUGGCGGCUCCCUUCCCGAAGUCCGAAGAGGCUGGAAGCCACGGAGAAGAGUUGUCCCUCGGUUUCGGAAAUAGGUCUGCGGCACUGUUUCACAUGCACAAGGAUCAGGAAUGCUUAAGUGACAUAGAGCGAGCUAUCGAGUAUGAUUAUCCGAGAGAUCUUAGGUUUAAAUUGCUCCAAAGGAAAGGACAAUGCCUUAUGAAUUUAGAGAAGCCAGCUUUAGCCAUAAAAGCAUUUGAUGAAUCAUUAGAACUUUUAGAAGAAGCACGUUUAGAUGUCAAGAGAAUAAUUCGCCAAAAGAAGGACAUUGAGACGUUAAGAGCUACUGCAGAAAAAGUACAAGGAGAAAAUGCCGCAGAUGAGUUAGGAGUGUCCAAAAUAUUGCCUGUCAGUUAUAGCCCUCAUCCAAGCAUAGAAUGUGCAUCUAGUGCAAUAGAUAUUAGUCAUGACAAACACAAAGGAAGGUACAUUGUGGCGAAUAGAGCCUUAGCUGCCGGAGACACUCUGUUUGUGGAAGAAGCCUAUGCGUCCGUUUUAUUGCCUGGUCAUUAUAUCACCCACUGCCAUCAUUGUUACACGAAGACUCGAGCAUUUGUCCCUUGUCAUCAAUGUUCUCAGGUUCGUUAUUGCAGCCAACAGUGUGUCGAUGAAUCCUGGGAGAAAUACCAUAAGUGGGAGUGUGGAAAUCUCGAUUUACUUCAUACGGUUGGCAUUGCUCAUCUUAGUUGUCGUGUCAUCUUAAUUACUGGUCUCAGUUAUUUGCAAGAAAACAGAGAUGAACUGACCAAAACAUCUUGUUCUCUGUACCCGUUCGACUUUCCGGACGGGAGGUACAGGAGCAAUUAUUACUCCGUGUAUCAUUUACUGACCCAUACGGAUGACAUGAACGUUGAAGACACAUUCCAGUAUGCUCUUACCGCCCUCCUGCUCCUGGUGCUCCUGGACCGCCUCAACUACUUCGCCACCCUGGAGAACCAGACGCUGCGGGAGCGCCUCAUCAGCUGCAACCUGAACCCGGGCAGGGUGGGCUCCGCCCCCUCCACGCCCACCCACAAGCGCAGCCCCGUCCACGCCCAGGAGGAGGAGGAGCCCCCGCCCGCCCAGGGGCCCCCCGCCAUGGAGCUGUUUGUGGGGGGGCUGCUCCUGCGCCACAUCCUGCAGCUGGUGUGCAACGCCAACGCCAUCACGGAGCUGCAGGCGGUGCCCCAGCCUGGGGGCGGCUCCGUCCUCAACCAGCGCCAGGUCAAGGUCGCCACCGGCAUCUUCCCCACCACGAGCCUCAUGAACCAUUCGUGCAAUCCAUCGGUCAUAUCCAGUUUUCAUAGGAAUGUGCUUAUAGUUCGUGCAAUUUGUGAUAUUGAUGAAGGGAAAGAAGUCUUCAACUGCUAUGGUCCUCAUUUUCGCCGCAUGCCUCGAGAAGACCGACAGCGUUCCUUAUUGGAACAGUACUUCUUCCUCUGUGAAUGUGACUCUUGUGUGAAUGAAGAUGAACGAGAGCAGAGGUUUCAAGCUUUGAAAUGCUCUUUCUGUAGUGGACCCCUCCGUGCUCCUGACACAACCAAUCGGACGUCCUGCCUAGAUUGUGAUAAAAGCCAAGAUUGUGCAGCACAGCUGCAGAAAGUGUUUGCAGCUCAUGAUUUGUUUGUUCAAGGACUCCAACUGGCUGCAAAAGGAAGUUUCAAAGAUGCAUUAGAGAGACUAAAAAAGUGCCAUAAGCUGAGAGAAAAAGUAAUGUAUAAAUAUAAUAGGCAGUUGUCUGAAGUCCAAGAUCAGCUAGCAUGUUGUUAUGCAUCAUUAGACAAAAUGAUGUUUGCAGUAGAAUAUCUGAGGCCGACGUUGUCGACCACGGAGCACAUCUACGGUAAAAACAGCAUCGAAUACGGAAACGAACUGCAGAAAUAUUCCGACCUCCUUCUGAAUGCCCUUGCUCAAAACAAAAGAGAGAAUUCUUUUAGUGAUCAAGAUCUAAGGAACUUGAUCGCCGAGACGAAAGAGGUGCUGGAAAAAUCGCGCCACAUCUUCUCCAUCCAUUAUGGUCCGUACCACGAAGCCCUCAAGGAGUUGGACGAGAAGCAGGCCCAGCUCGAAGCAUUAACAAACCACUAG